UUCUUUUUCCCCCACCCCCCCGCGGGCUCGCGCUACCCUUUCCAUGCCCACCCGCACCCGUCUCGCCGCCUCCUAUGGCCUGCGCCUCCCCACGCGGGCCGCCGGCAGCAUGCCUCUGGCCGAGCACGAGCUCGCGGCGGCGGCGGCCACCUCCGCGCUCGGCGUAGCGCUCGGGGCGCGCCUGCUCGUCGCCCUCUCCCGCUCCCGCGCGCUCAAGCCGCUGGCGGCCGCCACGUCCGCCGCCGCCGCCGCGCUCCGGACGCCGCGGGCGCUCGCCACCGCCUCCUCUCCGGUCGCCGCCAUCCUCGCCGCGUCCAAGGCCGCCUCCAAGUCGUACAAGGCGGCCCGCACGCUCGGCCCCGCCGCGGGCCUCCUCCCCAAGCUCCCUGACUCCAAGCGCCUUAAGGCCGCCUUCGCCGCAGCCUCGCUCCUCCGCCUCGCUGCCGCCGCGCCGGCAUCCCUCCACGCCGCGUCGCCUGCGGGCGUCGCCGUGCUCGCCGUCCUCAAGUCUGGCUACAAGCUGUCCAAGAACACGUCUAAGAUCGUCGAGGGCUUCCUCGGCCUCCAGGUGCACAAGGGGUUCAGGAACGGGGUCGACGCGCUCGGGGUGGUCGUCAAGGUCGCCGUCAUCGUCUCUGAGGUUGCUGUCUGGGUCGGGGGCCGGUUCUGGGGUUAUGGACGCGCUCGCUGCGUCAGGUUCCUCGGCUUCACUAGACCCAGUAGCUUAGUCCUGCUUGGGUGUAGCAAAUCUGAACCCCAAGUUGUACUAUUCGAUCCGAUUAUAGCUGAGAUGGAUGUUGAGGGGUGGGAAUUGAAGGAGCGAGGGGCCUCAGAAUUGCUCUCCCUUGCUGUGCCAGUGUCCCAGGUGACAACAUUAAUGAGUAUAUGAGUUAGGCUUAGCACAUAGUAACUGUUUUGUACAUUUGCUUCUAUAUCAGAUACAUAUGUAGAGGUGGUUUUUGAUCCUGUGCGUGCAAAUUCUUGUAUGUCAGGCAAGUGUGGGUGAACAAACUGUACAGCAAUUUAAGGAUCCAACUAUUCAUUGAUAAAAUCUUGUUUGUCAGUGUAAAUUGUGACACAGAA